UGUUGCAGAAAAAUAACAACUGUUUUCUGGUAGGCGAUGGCGCCACGUUCCACAUGCCGAGAGGCCGAGAGUCUUUUCUAAUACUGGCUUCUGCUAAGCGACGUUGUCACCACCUAUAAUUUUCUACUACGCCAUAUAACUGCUGAAGUCAUACAAGUCUUAAUAAAAAUCUUUUUUCCUUACAAUUAAAAUGUUCGAAACACGAGUAUAUUAGAAAUGAAAAAUCGUAAUAAUUAUUUUAGUGACUAUUUUCCAAUCAAAAUUUAGCAGAAAAUCUAAACAUUAUUAUGAUUCUGAAGUUUCGAUACCCGUCUUCCCAGGUGGUACCAAAAUCAAAUUGACUGCUCGAGCCGCAGUCGCAGCCAUUUUGCAGCGGUAAUCAAUCGUUUGUCGGAAAAAACCGCGAGACAGCAACGGCACGGCAUUGUACCGUGUUGCCGCCAAUUUAUAUCGCGUACCAUUAGUACCGUAAAUUUUACUCAACACGCCAUAACAGUCAUACUUUUUCAACUCCAAACAAAACUAGUUAAAUUUCAUAUAUAGACGAAAUGUGAAAAUCGGGAAUUUUCUGAAUGAAUGAACGUUUUGUUAUCGAUACAAGUGUUGGCUAAUUAAUUACACUAAACCAAUUCGAGAAUUUGGUCCAUCGGAAAUAUGUCGGGAUAUAAUUGUUAUCUUUGCGCGAGCGACGAGGGAAUACUAUUGGACAUCUUCGGAGACGUCGGAAAACCUUUCCGCGAAUAUAUAGAGACGUGUCUGUCGGUCAAGGUCGAACAGGAAAAUGCCCCGUCUACGAAGAUCUGUCACAAAUGUGCGUAUGAGUUGGAAUCCUGUAAGAGGUUCUUAGUCAAAUAUCAGAGCUUCAAAGGCUCUGAUAAAAAACAAACUUCUUCGAAACGACGAAGACUCUGUUGCUUGUGCGGAGAGUCGCAGCAGAAACUUCGGUUGCUGUCGAUCAAUAAAGGCAACUCUCUGGAGAAUUUGUUACAAAAAUUGCAACAAGUUUUCCUUGAAAAUUUGCCUGUGGUGGAUAUUGGCAGCCUUUCCGUAUGUCUGGAUUGUCGCUACAACUUGGACGUACUCUCAGAUUUCAAGACCAUUUAUCAUGAAUCGAUGAAAAAAUUAAGGAAUGUGAAAGAAAAUGAAUUGAAAUUAUCCGACCUCCCUAGAACGAAAACCAGUGUCAUAACUAGAAAAACGACAUACAUACCGGUCCCGAAACUAAACGGAAAAUUGAGUUACGAAUCCGACACGAGUACAUCAAACAAUAGCAGUAGCAACGUCACGAUGCCUCUAAAACGUAAGCAAGGAAGGCCGCGCAAGGAGUCAACAGUAGCGGAAACAAUAACAAGAGUGCGAUUCCGUAGCUGCGAGGAAUGCGAAGAUCAAGUGAAGCCUGGAGUCGACAUGUAUAGGUACCAUCGCAGCGGUCGAACCGUUUGCAGAGAUUGUUGGUUGACGAUGGAUCCAGAAAAAAUGGCAAAUGGAAAGCGCAAGAAACUGGCGAGAAGCGACCCUGAAAGUGGUACAAAAUUGUGUGCCGUUUUCCUCAAGGACGUUCUCUCGAAUCCUUCGAAGUACGACAACAUUUAUAGAGUCGAAAAGGACAAAGACGGUAACACGACUUUCCUCAUAACCGACGAAAGCUCCGAGAGCGAGGAAAAGGAUAAAGUCCAACCAACGCGUUUGCGAGCUCGCGCUACGAACUCGAGCGCACCAACGAAUCUCGAAACGGUUACCGAGGUGCGGAAAGCCGUGAAAAGGUCACCGCCAAAAGAGAGUAAAGUUGAUCACGAAACUGUGAAAAAAGGAAGAACACGAAGAAGCGAUGAGUCCAUCGAGAAAGAGAGUGAAACCGAGCUCGGACCGGUGGAGAAAGGAAAACCACGAAGAAGCGAUGAAUCCGUCGAAAUCUCGCAUGUCUCUACGAGGACGAGACGAGCGCGAAAUGGUCUCGCAGUCGAGGUAGAUUCCACGAUAAAAACCAAAUCAAGACGCGGCUCAUCCGAAUCAACGUCCUCAACGCGACUUAGUCCCGAAAUUGGAAAAAAGAGCCCCCCCGUUAAAAAGAUAACACGAUCGGUCAGGAAUGUGGGUGUAAAAAAGCUUUCGAGCGACGAAAAAUCUCACGAGGGUGAAUCAUCGUCCAACGAGAGUCAAGCAUCAUCGGAAAAAGCUAAAACGACCAGGGACAAAAAAAAGGAAAAAGUCACCUUAACGAAAAGUAGGGCUCAGAGAGCGGAGAGACGAGCGCGUUCGAGUUCGUUCACGAGUUCGACCAUUACAGCGUCGGUCACGAUCCUCUCUGACGAUAACUUUUCCGAUGAGUCCCCGAAACCACUCGACGCUCAGAAAAUGAAAAAUUUGAAGAAAGCCUCAAAACGUCGCGUACAAAAUGCAAAGUCAGACUCCGAACUCGAUAAACCGUACACAUGCUCGGUUUGUCGGCUCGGAUGUAAAAACAAACUCGUCGGAAUGGCUCACGAGCUCAGCCACGAGAAACAACCGGAAGUCAAGCUUCGCCGAGUCGUCGUUAGCGCUGCGGUUGCACUGCCCGAAACGAUCGUCGAGGAAACGCCGCUCGAAGUUUCGGCUCCCGCCCAAGAAGAGUCGGAAAAGCUCCGCGAAGAGAAAGAAGAAAAUACUGCUGUCGAUGUGAACUGCGAACAGCCCAAUAAAUCUGAGGAAAAAUCAGAAGCCGAGGAAGCCACCGUUACUUCCAAAAAAACUGUUUCUGAAGAAAAAGAAUCUUCCCCUGUGAGAGAAGAACCGAACGAUGACAGGACGACGGAACGAGAAUCAGAUCGCGAGGAAGAAAAUAAAAAAGAAUUCCACCUUUCUCUCGAAGAAGAAGAAAACAAAACGGUUGAAACGGACAAGCUCCUGAAUGACGAUCAACCGAUUUGUCGAGAAAAUCAACCGGACUUAAAUGAAAACGAAGAAAUUGCAGCGAGCAAGAACGAAGAAGUUGCAGCGAGCAAGAACGAAGAAAUUGCAGCGAGCAACAACGACGAAAUUGCAGCGAACAAGAACGAAGAAAUUGCAGCGAACGAGAACGAAGAAAACGCAAUGAAUGAGAACAAAGAAAAUGCAGCGAAUGAGCACAAAGAAGACAGCGAGGAAAAAAUUAGCGAAGAAAAAGAAACAAUUGAUAAAAUCGAGGGAUGCUCCGCCGGGGCGGAAGAACUUGCCGAAAACAAUGUAGUUGAAUCUGCGGAUGCACCAACGAUGGCACCAACUCAGAUUGAACCUGAAAAAACGAUAGACGUUACGCCUGUCAAAGAUUCCGAGGAGAAAACACAGAGCUAUGAACCUGAAACGACGCCGGAAGACUCCGAACCAAUGGAAGUUACAGAAACUGAUGAAAAAGAAAAAAACAUUGAGGAGAAUGAGAACUCCAAUGUCAAGAAGCUCGAGAAAGAAGUUGACGACAAUGAGAUGGGCACAAAAGAUGACGGAUCCUUGGAAAGAGUGGACACUGAACUCGACUGUUCGACAACCAAAACUGCGAGCGAGACAAAAGAAACACCGGACGUUGAAAAAAUAAUAGAAGAAGAAGAGACGAAGCAAGUACCGGAGAAACCGAAUGAGGAGGACGAAAAGAAAGAAGAAAAAGAACAAACGAACGAAUCAGAAAGAACGAUCGAUUCAAAAACAGCCGAAGAUAACGAGAAAGAGAGGGAAGUUUCACCCGAAGUUGAGAAGAGCACCGGGGAUGAAGAGAGCAAGGAAUCUGAAAAGAAGGAAGAAGAGACAGUAGAAACCGCAGAGAAAGUCGAUGAAACGGAGCGAAAGGAAGAACGGAGUAACGAAUCAUCGAGCAUAGCAUGCGCGUGUAUUCGAGAAGUGUUCGAUUUGGCGAACGCUGAAGUGCAAAAACGAUUAGAUAAUGAAACAUCCAAGGAAGAUCCAUGCACAACUCUUGAAACCCUCGAGAAUAUAUCGCUCGAGAUUCAGAAUGGCGCUGACAUGCCGUCUCUAGAGUUAUAAGAGCUGAGCAACGAUCAAUCCUGAAUACACGCAUCCCAAUAAGGAAAAACAACAUUUUUUAUCCCCCUCGAAUAUCGUUGUACGAUGAAUUGUUAACUUAAGUCAACUUAAAAUUUAUCCAGGAGGGUGUGUCCUUGGAGAAGGAUAAACAAAAACGAUGUGUUAACGUUUGAACGAUGAUGGCUGUAUUCGUUGUACAGUUAUUAUUUUUUUCCUGCAUUUCGUUGUCGAAGGGCUUCUUUCUCGCGGAUACGCAAAAGGAAGAAGAAAAAUAUGAUUCGAGUUGAGCGUUCCGUGUAAAUAACCGUCGCUUUACAUUCAUUAUGUAAAUAAUGUGGCUUUCUUGCUUAUAUGACUAUUUCAAUACAUUCACAACGUUACAAAAAAGCGACGAGAAAACACAUUUUAUUUCAUUCAUUUGCCCGGGCAUGCCCUAACGAUUGGUCGAAAAAUCCUUGUUUGCUUAUUGCGUGUAUAUACUGCGAGACAUUUUUCUAAAUCAAUUUCAAUGCGCUGUCCUCGGGGUGCAUUUCUGAAUGAGUAAUCACUUUUUUGUUAAAAAAAAAAAUAAAAAAAAAAACUACAAAAAUCGUGGAUAUAGAAAGGCAAGGCGUAACCUCGAGAACCAGAGUGUUUAUUCCAAGUGCAAGUAUAACCAAUUUUUCACCGAAUGGUUUUUAAGUUUGAACGAAUCAGUAAAUAAAAAAAAUUAAAAAAAGAAAAAGAAAAACAUUUAAGAAACACGAGCCAUCGAAUCACUUUUUACCUGAUCGCAUUUUUUUUCUAUCAUUUUCAGAACUGUUUUAAUUACUCCAACGAUCGCAGGCUCGGAUUCUGGGAUUUCGUUUCAUCGGGAUCCGAAUUAUCCUCGGUCGUAGGCCAAAAAGGGUUUCUCGUAAUUUUCCAAUCGUACAGUUUGGUAAUAGCUUCGGAAUCGCCGCGAUGACAAUUCGCUAUGAGAUCGACGUAAGAUGCCAUUACCUCUUGGCCUGGAUGACGAGGUGGAAGAUCGAUAAAGCCUUGGAAACGAAUGGAAAAUAGCGACGAUCGUAAUUGUGAAACAAUAGCAAAGUGGUGAACCUUUUGAAAUGGCAGCGGCGCAUCGAGCCCGUUCCGCCUCGGCGUUGUUGCCCAAGCUACGAAACUCCUGGAGGGCAAAUUCCAAAUGGGAUCUCGCUGAAUCCGGUCGACCCUGAAAGAGGUCCCGCGCUCGUCACGAUUCCCGAUAUUUCAAGGAGAAACAAACUCUACCUCGUUCAAGAGGUGCUCUCCGGUGUAAUAAUGAGCCUGAGCAAGUUUGUAAGGCAAUUCAUAACGCGUCGCGAAUUUCCGAAGCGAUUCCAGGUGCUUCAUGGUUCCCUCGCUGUCCUCCAGUUCCUGUGCCCAGCGGAAAAAACUUCUUCAUUGUUGGCGUUGAUGAAGAUGAAAGGGGCGCGAGAGAGUUUUUUAACCUUGUGAGCAAAGGCGAGUUCCAUGUGAGCAUCGCACAUGAGCUCCGCGUCCGGAAUCCUCCUGGCAAUGGCCAACAAUUUGGAAAAACAAUGGAGUGCCUCCUUAAGGCGCCCCGCAGUCGAGUGACUCUUGCCGAGCUCGUACAGAGCCAACGCGGUUCCCUCCUCGUUGACACCUACGAUUCGGUAUUCUCAAGUGGGUCAAGUAUCGACUACACAAUUUUCGAACAAUUAUCGAAACGAAUAGAGAAUCCCACUGACAAUCGCUCGCUCGCUCGAGAGCUUGCUCAGCUGCGCGGACGGCCAAUUCCGGAUUUUCUGGUCUAACGCUACGCGACAGAGACAGGAGAGCUCGAUGUGACAAAACGCAGGCCUCGUCGUAGAUGGUGCCCCGCAAAAAGCCAAACACUUCGGGCAUUUUCCACCUUUUUCCCUUCGAAGUCGUCCGAACGGAAUUCAACUGUACCAACGCGCCUUCGGGAUUGUUCCCUGUUUCCAAUAAAAAGGAGAGCCCGCGUUGCCUUUUCGCAAUAUACGAUCGUCGAAUCAUGUGAAAGACUCGGAAUGAAAUAUCUUCUGCGAUUAACUCAACUUAAAUAUUAUUCGCGAUUAAAAAAUGGAGAUGACGCUUUUUUACCGAUAUUUUCAACCCGUGCAAAGUUCUUUCUCACCAAUUACGCUACCGAUCGCAAUGGUUUUAGGCUCAUUCGAUAACGAUCUUGGAAUUUACUGUCCAAACCAAUUUUCGGUUUGUGUCAAGUCUUCCAGGCUUUGCAAUUGAAGAAAAUUACAUGCCACUUUUACCCCCAGCACCGCGAAUCGGUUUAUUCAGAGAUAAUAUGAUUAAAGAAAAUCACGUGCCAAUUUUACCCCCACCACCGCGAAUCGUUUUAUUCAGAGAAAGUAUAGUUUCGGCGAGCCCUCGGGCCAGCAGACGACAGAGCUGUCAAUGUACUCGUCCCGAGACCCUGCCGAGUCUCUUGAUAUACGAAUGACCGAGGCAAUUCCUUUAAAAAGUAUGAAAAGACUGACUAAUACGACGCGCACGCACGUCCUCAAUGAUUUUUCAACUUUCAACGAAACUGUAAUGGCAAAAACAUUGAAAAAUAUUCAACUAGAGUGCUCACUCUAAUGCAAAAUCCUCAGAUUGUAAAUGAAAAGUAUUAGAUUGAAAGAAAAUGAAUUUUUCAAAUAUU